CCUUGAAUGACAUGAUUGUAAACAAUUAACUUCUCAUUACUUUUAAUCGUAUAAUUCAUUGAACUAUUGUUUAAACACUUUUACAUUAUUUAAAUAUACGUUUAACUUAUUUAUAAAACUUUGAUUAAAAGUAGUGACAAAGUUGUUAACAAUGGAUACGAUUGGCCACCGAUUGGUUCACAUCGACCUCAAGGGCGCGCCGUUUAGAUCCGGCUAUUGGCAGCAACUGAUCCCAUGUCUGUCACGGCUGGGAAUCACUGGACUUCUCAUUGAAUACGAAGACAUGUUUCCGUACGAGCGGUCGUUGAGUGACCUCCGAUGCGGCGACGCUUACGACUGGCAGGACAUGGAGGCGAUCAUCACUGCGGCCAACAAACACCAGCUGAAGAUCGUGCCACUGAUCCAGACGUUCGGACACAUGGAGUUCGUGUUGAAAGUAUCGGCGUUUCGAGAGUUACGCGAAGUGGACGCCUAUCCCAACGCCUUGUGUCCCACAAAUGACAGAUCGCUGGACACCGUUCAGGAGAUGUUGCGGCAGAUGAUCGCCGGUCACCAGCGGUGGACACAAUUGGACGCCAUUCACAUCGGCUGCGAUGAGGUCUGGCAUUUGGGUCAUUGCCAGCGGUGCCGGCAAUACCUCACCGAUCACUGUCUUGCGGACAAAUCACAGCUAUUCCUGCGAUACGUGCGAAAAGUGGCCGAAUUUGUGCGAAAGACUUUCGACAUAAGAGUCAUUAUAUGGGACGAUAUGAUGCGACACAUUGACGACCAAACUCUGGCCGAUUCCGGACUCAAUCGUUUGGUUGAGCCAAUGGUGUGGCACUAUUUGGACGCCCAGUGCUUUCAGCUCCGGGACCCGGAGUUGUGGUCGAAAUACAAGCACUCGUUUGACCGCAUUUGGAUCGCCAGCGCAUUCAAAGGCGCGGCCAAAAUGAACCAAAUGCUGCCAUCGGUUGACCAUUACGUUAGUAAUCACUUGGCGUGGGUUCGGGUGAUUGAGGACAACCAAUUGGCCGAACGGGUGGCCGGUCUGGCGCUCACCGGUUGGCAACGGUUCGAUCACAUGACCACUCUAUGCGAACUGAUGCCCAAUUCAAUGAUCUCUUUGAUGAUGUGUUUGUUUGCGUUCAAUGAACGAGACUUUAAUGAAGACAUACAGCGAAAUGUGUCCACUUUUAUCGGCAAUAAACAGCUGAUCCCCAUUGAUAUCAAUAGUGCCACCGAUUUAGAAGCAAUUGAUUCCGAUGUCUAUCCCGGUGUAAAUCUCUUUAAACUUUGUAAUGAAUGGCAGUUUUUAGUCAAAGAAUUCAAUGAACUAAAGAGUAAUCAAAGUCUUGAGGGCGCCUUCACUUCAUACCAGAUAUCACUGAACAGAACCAAUCCGUUACACAUCGAGGCGUUUCUAUUGAAGGCCAGAGUACUUCUGUUUCGUGUCCAACAAAUGAGGCUUCAAAUAGAGACAGAAAUGAAGAAAAUGUUUUACGACACGACAGUCGAGGAAUGGAUUCACACGAAUGUCAAACCGAUUAGCAAAAAGUUGGACAAAAUUGUGACAAACGGUGACCAACAACUGGCCACACAUAUCAACUCAUAAGUCGAUCGCACCACAACUCAGUGACC